UUGUAUUUUUCAAUAAAAGCAAUAAUUUGACUCGCACGUGAUAAGAAUUUCCGCCGUUUUGGCAGCACGAAACGUCAAAAGAUGAGUUGGAACCCAUUCAGCAAAAAUUUAUCUACAAAGUCUAGCAUCAUAUUGCCACAAGAUGAGAAAAACUUCCAAAGAGAGGUGGCUAGAUUGCAUCAAUUGGAUGAAGCCACAAAGAACUUGUAUAAAGAUACUAAGAAAUACAUAGAUGCUUCAGCUGGUGUCGCGAAGGCGGAUAUGAAGAUGAGUCAGAAUCUCUCUUCUAAUUCAGCCAUCAGUCACGAUCCCAUUCUUAAAGAGUCGGUAGAGGCUUUGUCACAGGCCACCUUCAAGUUAACAACUUCAUCACAAGAGCUGAACACCAAAAUACAAAAGGUUAUGUUGGAGCCUAUCAGAAAGUUCGGUACAAUCUUCCCCGUUGCAAACAAUCUAGUGAAGAAAAGGGAUCACCUCCUACAGGAAUGUAGCCAGAAACAAUCAAGAGUGGAAAAAUACGAACAGCGGGAGAAGACGGGGACAAACAUCGUCAAGCUCGAUCAGGCGAAGAAGGCGUUGGCCCCCGUUCAGGAAGAGUUUGUCUCUAUUAACAAGAGCCUGAUGGAAGACAUUCCGUAUUUAUGGGAUAGCAGGAUAGCGUACACCCGACCUUCCCUAGCAGCUCUCAUACAAGCAGAGGUGCAGCACAAUCGGGAGGUUUUCAAUAUUUACGAAGAGUUAGAGAAGGCGUUGCGUGGGGACAAUAUAGAAGUAUCGGAGGAAGUCUGUGAAUAUCAAAUGAACAAACGCUUACGAGAAAUCCAAGCACUUUCGAUAAUAGCUGACGAUUGAUCAUUUCGAUUGUUGACAUAACUAAUGUGUUUGCACGCGCGAGUGUGUGUGUGCGUGCGUGCGAGCGUGCGAGCGUGCGUGCGUGCGUGCGUGCGUGCGUGAGUGCGCGUGUGCGUGUGCGUGUGCGUGUGCGUGUGCGUGUGCGUGUGCGUGUGCGUGUGUGUGUGUGUGUGUGAGUUUGGGUGUGUGCGUGCGUGCGUGUCUGUGUGUGUGUGUGCGCGCGCGUGUGUGCGUGCGCGUGAGAGUGUGUGCGUGUGUCACGUAUAACAGAAAAUAUAGUUAUCCGUUCAAGUUGAUAGUAAUUUUAUUUUUUAGUUUAAGUUGUUAUCUUAAUAGAAAUAUAAAGCACAAAAAGUAAAGAUAAUAGCAGUACAACAUUUUUUACGAUUUCGCGGUAUGUUAUUGACAUGUAAAAACCAAUCGGGUGCGUAUUUAAAUUCAUGUAGGCGCCUACAUGGCUUACGUAAGCAAAUCAGCAUAUAUAUGACACCAUUAGGGGAAGUGCGAUUUCGAAACCUGAUUGAAUUUGUACAAAUGCGGCAGUUACAAACACAAUGGUUUCAAUGCAAGCUAGGCAACUGCAAAGCCUACCAUUCUAUUCAAAGUUCCGUGUAAUAUUUUUGCAUUUUGGUUAAUGAAAUAGUAGCACUGGCAAAUGUGUGAAUGUGGCAUUUUCUAAAUAAACUUUUUAUUAUGUUAAUAAAAAAAG